GCACUGACAGACUGUAACUUACCCAACAGAGAGGGGAGGUCAGUGCAUGCUGGGAAAGACCACGGAGACAAAGGGGAAAAGAGUGUUGCUAAUGUGCACGAGGAGCAUUGUUACAACAUGGGACAUGUAUAAUUCAGAUUAAUCCGUGACAGAAAACACGUGACAGCUCACUCCAUAACUCACUGGUUUACAAGUCAGUAGCUGACCACUGCCCUUUGACCUUGGUGUGUGCGUUACAGUGGCAUCAGUAUGGGCAGAGUCCACACAAUCACCUUGGCAAUGACAAUCACUCUCUCCAAGGCUAUGACGUCACUCCAAAGAAAAGAAGAGGAGGAGGAGGAAGAGAAAGAAAGGAAGGAAGGGUAGGGGGGGGGGUCGUCUCCGGCUCUACAAAACCUCUGCAGCAUCCCAGCUGAUGCCCCAACAAUCCAGCUCCUGCCAAGAGGACGGACGCAAGAGGAAAAUUCAUCCUUUCAAUUUCAUCACAGAGCAAGAGCGAAGUAGGAGGAGCCAGGCGAGUGAGAUAGUGAUGCUCUCAGCAGGUGCCAACAAGUGAGAGGUAGCUGAGAGACGGACAGAGACGGUGAUGGAGAAGAGCCUGUGAGAGCAGAAGACACCCAGAGCUUCGGUAGAAAACAUAACAGCCAGUUUCCACUCCUCCCGCUCCAGUCAUUCCUGCUCCUCAUCUCCGCUGCCAUGCUGUGUCCUGUGCUACUUUGUGCCACUCUGCUCCUCCUGACUCCUCUGGAGAUCACAGAGGCUCGCGCUCUGCACCCUUCUCCGGAUGCUGUGCAGUUUAUGGAGCAGUUUCUAGAGCGCUAUAAUGACCUUUUGACCCUGGAUGACCUGGAGAACCUGUUGAACAGCCAACCAGAGGAGCAAUCCACCUUGUCGUCUGGGGUCAAAGCGCCCGAGUACCCCAAAUGGGCUGACGUACAAACACAGCCUGAGACCCCCUGGGUGCGCCUGCUGAAGGGAGCCCUGGCCAACCAGAAGCGAGCAGAACCAGACCGCUCACGGAGGGGAUGGAACAGAGGAUGCUUUGGCCUGAAACUGGACCGGAUCGGGUCCAUGAGCGGACUGGGUUGUUAGUGGAGAUGAAGGGAAAUAAAGACUAAUGACAUCCUUCUUAGAUUAUAAGGGAAAAAAACACAACUGCAAAUCUGUUUACAUGCAGAAAAGGGUGUUUACAUGCGUAUAGACUACAUGUAGUAUGGUGUAGACUUGCAGUAUUGCUUAUGUGGUUUCAUCCAGCGUAGAUCAGAUGCUUCACACACACUAUUGUGGCUGUUUAACAGAGCAGCUGUAGUUUAUUCCAUGUGUAAGUAUUAAACUAAAUAUUAGAACAUGUGAGCUAUGUUUACAUCAGAUGAUCAUCUUUGAUUAUUUGGCUUGUUUUUUAAGUAAAUUGGCACUUUAUGUAUUUCUAGCUUCUGUCUGCGUACAAUAAUAUAAAAAUGUUUAGAGAAAUUCUCUGGCCGGCGAUUGUUUGUAAAAUCAGGUGUAAGGGACGUGGAUAUACAAACAUGAUGGCACCUGUAAUUCCUGCUGUUUGUUUUGUUAUGUUUACUUAUGAUUUGCAUGAAUAA